AGACUCCGCUUCUCGCCCGACUUACCAUGUAUCUUUUUUAAUCAUUGCGAGUGCACCCCGCCGCCGCUGCGCCUCCCUCCUCGUGCCGACGACACCGGUCGGCGUAGACUGACGUGCCCUCUCUGCUCGGCCAUUUCGUCUCCCUCUCCCACACACACAUAGACAUAGCAUGAUGCACGCACCGCGGCUAGCCAAGGCGGCCAGAAUGAUCCUGGUGGGCGCGCCGGGCGUGGGCAAGGGCACGCAGACGGAGCGCUUGAUGGGCAAGUUCUCUGAACUGUCGGCAAUCAGCUCGGGCGAUUUGUUGAGGAAAAAUGUGCGCGAGCGCACUCCGCUGGGCAUCAAGGCCGAAGCAACCAUGAAAUCCGGAAAGCUCGUGCCCGACACCAUGAUCUUGCGCCUCAUUGUCAACGAGCUCACGACGCGGGGCUGGAUACGCGACAACGCCCUGCGCCCGUAUGCGCUCAACUUCAGCUCCAUGGACAUGGCCGAACACACGGUCGACUCGGUCAUGAUCCCCUCCGAGGUGCGCUCCCCGCGCUACACCUUCUCCAACCACCCCUCGGCCUCGUUUAUCCUCGACGGCUUCCCGCGCACCUCUGUGCAGGCGAUUCAACUCGACACCAUUGUGCCCAUCAACAUGGUGGUGCACCUCGACACGCCCAGCGACAUCAUCAUCAACCGCAUCUGCAACCGCUGGGUGCACGAGCCGUCGGGGCGCGUCUACAACACGACGUUCAAUGCGCCAAAGGUGCCGGGCAAGGACGAUGUCACGGGGGAGCCGCUCACGCGCCGGGCAGACGACGACCCCGACGUGUGGAAAGCCCGCCUUCGGGCUUUCAAGGAGACCAGCGAGCCCCUCCUCGAGCACUACGACAAGCUCGGCGUGCUGUGGACGGUCAAGGGCAACAGCAGCGACGACAUCUCCCCGCAGCUGUUUCGCGAGUUUGGCAAGCGCUUCGCCGCUGAGCUGUAGCGGCUUUGCGCACGCAUGCUUUGGCCUUGGGUUAUGAGUGUUUUGAUUCUGCCGCGUACAGCACCAUGUAUGCCGCUGUACCAUGUUUCUUGACGUCCGGGCCCGGCGUGGCCUGCUGAACGAAGCAUGUAUCUUUCCAUGUAUCCUGCCAUGUAUCCUGCCAUGUAGACGGCAGAUGGACGGGCGGGCUGGCGCGAGUCGCGCAUUCCACAUUCACUGUAGAUAUUCACCGACGUUAUGUCGCAGGUAGCAGGGACCAUUGACAUUCGUACUCCAA